AUGGCAAAACACCCACCCUCCCGCCCAUCCAUUCAUCCAUCCAUCCAUCCACAAAUCCAUCCAUCCAACCAUCCACCCAUCCACCCAUCCACCCAUCCAUCCACCCAUCCAUCCACCCAUCCAUCCACCCAUCCAUCCAUCCACCCAUCCAUCCACCCACCCACCCACCUACCCACCCACUCAACCACCCACCCAUCCAUCCAUCCAUCCACAAAUCCAUCCAUCCAACCAUCCACCCAUCCAUCCACUCAUCCAUCCACCCAUCCACCCAUCCAUCCACCCACCCACCUACCCACCCACUCACCCACCCACCCAUCCAUCCAGCUAUCCAUCCACCCAUCCAUCCAUCCAUCCACCCAUCCAUCCACCCAUCCAUCCGUCCACCCAUCCAUCCACCCAUCCAUCCACCCAUCCACCCAUCCAUCCACCCACCCACCUACCCACCCACUCACCCACCCACCCAUCCAUCCAUCUACCCAUCCACCCAUCCAUCCAUCCAUCCAUCCAGCCAUCCAUCCACCCAUUCAUCCGUCCACCCAUCCAUCCACCCAUCCAUCCACCCAUCCAUCCACCCAUCCACCCAUCCACCCACCCAUCUACCCACCCACUCACCCACCUACCCACCCACUCACCCACCCACCCAUCCACUCACCCACCCACCCAUCCAUCCAUCUACCCAUCCACCCAUCC